UCCAGCGACGGCGACGCAAGGACGGACGCCAGCGGCGCCAGCGCACCACUUUCACGAGCGAGCAGACGCUGCGACUGGAGCUGGAGUAUCAGCGUAGCGAGUACAUCAGCCGGCCGCGACGAUUCGAGUUGGCCGAGGGACUGGAGCUGACCGAGACGCAGAUCAAGAUCUGGUUCCAGAACCGACGCGCCAAGGACAAGCGCAUCGAGAAGGCGCAACUGGAUCAGCAGUACAGGUGA